CUUCUAACCCAAAUCCUUCCUUCUGUGACUCCCUUUUGAACAUUCAAAUCCCUUUGCUACUUCAUCACUAUAUACCAACAAUGGUUGAUGCUCUUGUUUCCAGUGUCAUGCAACAAUUGGGCACCAUCAUCCAGAAGGAGGUUGAACAAGAGGUCCGAUUGGUCGUCGGUGUGAAAACAGAAGUCAAAAAGCUGUCCCGUACUUUCACCAAAAUCCAGGCUGUGCUCAAGGAUGCUGAAGAGAGGCAAAUCAAGGACAAUUCAGUGCGGCUUUGGUUACAAGAUCUGAAAGACGUAGCCUAUGACAUUGAUGAUGUGUUGGAUGAGUGGAGCACUGAAAUUCUCAAAUCUCAAAUACAAGGUGCUAGAAGCAUCAGUCUGACUAAGAAGGUAUGCCCCCUUAGCAACUUGUUUUCUCCUUGCUGCUUUAGUUUCAAGAAAAUUGGCCUGCGCCAUGACAUUGGUCAUAGGAUAAAGGAGAUAAAUGAAAGGGUAGAUGAAAUUGCAAGUUUGCAAGAUAAAUUUCAUUUUAUUGAAACUACUGCUUCUAGAAAUGAAAUCAUGAUAGAUGAUGAUUCAAGUAGGAGGAGUCUAGAAAGUAGCUCCCUUGUUGAUGUCUCGAAAGUAUUUGGUCGAGAUGAGAAUAAAAAUUUCAUAAUAAGCAAGUUGGUAAGCGAGGGCAGUAGUACUCAACAAGAAAUGGUUUCUGAUGAUCAAGAAGUCUCCAUAAUAAUAAUCUCUAUCGUCGGCAUGGCCGGUAUGGGCAAAACUACACUUGCCCAAUUGGUCUUCAAUGAUGAUAGGGUGAAAAACCAUUUCAACAAGAGAAUGUGGGUACAUGUGUCUAAACAUUUUGAUAAAAUGAAGGUUGCCAUGCGUAUUAUUGAAGAAAUCGGCGGUGGUGGUGGGAACAUUAAUGCCUCCCAAGGUGGUCAUCAUGAUAUUGCAUGGGAAUCUGUGCAUCGUCAACUGACUAGUUCUGUUGAAGGAAAGCAUUUCUUACUAGUGUUGGACGAUGUGUGGAAUGAGGAUCAUAGUUUGUGGUAUCCAUUGUGGCUUUCUCUCAAACGUGGUUCUCUGGGAAGUAGAAUUAUUGUAACAACUCGCAAUGAGAAUGUUGCAUCCAUGAUGGGUACCACAUAUAUACAUAAAUUAGGAGAAUUGUCCGAUGAAGGUUGUUGGGCAGUGUUGAGAUAUUAUGCCUUUCUUGGAAGGAAAAAGGAAGAGUCUAAACAAUUGAAAGAAAUUGGCAUGAAACUUGCUAACAAGUGUAAGGGAUUGCCUCUUUCGGCAAAGACUUUAGGAAGUCUUUUGCAUUUCAAAAAGUCAAAACAAGAUUGGCAUUAUAUAUUGGAAAGUGAUGUAUGGAAGGUUAUAUCAAAUGUUGAUCAACCAAUCUUGCCGGCUCUGUUACUAAGCUAUAACGAUUUGCCCUCUCAUUUGAAACAAUGCUUUGCAUAUUGUUCAAUCAUGCCGAGAAAUUAUUGCUUUGGAAAAUUACCUGCAGUCAGAGAAUGGAUCGCACAAGGCUUUCUUGGUGAUAGCUUGGCAACAAGCAGUGGAGAUUUGUUUAAAGUAGGUGAUGAGUACUUCAAUAGUUUGGUCAUACGCUCAUUUUUUCAAAAAAACAUUAACUAUUCGAAAGGAAGCAUACAAUACUAUGGAAUGCAUGAUCUUGUCCAUGAUUUUGCAAAAUCCCUUGUAGAGAAUGAAUGCUUUACUUUUACAGCUAAGGAUACUACUGCUCAGGAAUCCAGCUUUAGUAGAGCCCGUCAUUUAUCUCUAUUAAUAGAAGAGAUAAGCAUGAUUCCUUCUUUCCUUUAUAACAUGAAGAAUCUGCGCACUCUUAGAAUCAUUGGACAGAUUCCUAAAAUUUCUUCUGAGUUAUUUGGUCACUUAACAUGUCUUAGGACACUGAGUUUGGGUGGUGCUUACCUUGAAGAGCUUCCAAAUGAGAUAGAGAAGUUGAUACAUCUAAGGUACCUUAACUUGUCCUAUGCAAGGUUUAGAGAACUACCUAAAACAGUGACUACUUUGUACAAUUUGAGAGUAUUAAACUUUAGUGGAUGCAUGAAUCUUUGUAAACUGCCUGAAGGGAUUGGGGGAUUGGUCAAUUUGAUAGAACUUAAUGUGACAGAAUCUCGCCAACUAAGCUACUUACCAGAAGGGAUUGGAAGAUUAAGCAGAAUGCGUCGCUUGUCAGACUUCAUUAUUGGUGGGAUGGAAAGCGGAGGUUGCAAGAUUGGAGAAUUGAAAGAUCUCAACUUCCUUAAAGAUUCUCUAAACAUAAUAGGUUUGGGGAGAGUGGAAAACGGAAAUGAAGCUAAGCUGGCAUUCUUGAAGAAUAAGCAACACCUUCGUGCUUUGUAUUUCUAUUUUAAUCAAUAUACGGGUGUCACAAUAGUUGACGAGGUGGUCGGAGGAGGAGGAGGAAGAAGGAGAAGAAGAAGAAGGAGAAGAAGAAGGAGAAGGAGAAGGAGAGGGAGAAGAAGAAGGAGAAGCAGGUGGUUCACGGGUUGAUGAAGAAGAAAAAGAAUUAGCUGAUGGGGAAGAUGAAACGAAAGGAGAAGAAGAAGAAGUUGAUGGAGGAGAUUUAUUGUCAAGGAGGAUGGAAGAAGUGCUGGAAAGUCUCCAACCACAUCCAAACCUUGAGAAACUAAUAAUUUGGGACUAUCUUGGUGUUGCGUUCCCUAAUUGGAUGUGUAGUCAUACAGACUUUGUGAUUUCCUCCAAUCUAGUUUUCUUGGUACUCUCUUACUGCAGGAAUUGUAAACAAUUGCCUCCGACUCUGGGGAAACUACCAUCCCUUGAAACCCUUGUAAUAGCUGGAAUGGAUAAGGUGAAACUCAUGGGUGUUGAAUUUUUUGGAAUCAAUCAUGGUGUUACAAAAAGUGACUCUGGAGUUGAUGCAAUAUUCCCGAAGUUGAAAGUAUUUCAGUUGUCGGAAAUGCCGGAUUUGGAGGAGUGGAAUGUGAGGAUACAAGAAGAAGAAGAAGGGAAAGGGUUCGUCUUUAUGCCAUGUCUCCAGUAUCUUGUUCUUGCUGGAUUGCCCAAGCUAAGUUCGUUUCUCCAAUACCUUACCCAGGUUACAUCCCUGAGAAAAUUGUUCAUAUGGUACUGUCCAAAGUUGAAUUGGAUGUCAUCAUCUCUAUCCUCCCAUCUUCCUGUUCUACACGUUGAGGAGUUGAUUUUGAAAAUGGACGCAGGUUCAUUUUCAAAGUCAUUAGUAUCAAACAACCACAUGUUCCUCCCUAAGCUCAAGUUGUUGCGUAUAAGACAAUCACCUUACUCGUCGUUACCUCAAGGCUUAGGGCAACUCACAACACUUGAGAUUCUAGAUAUCCGAACCUGUUCUAAGAUCAAAUCAAUACCUGAGGAGGAGUUGGAGCAUCUCACCGCACUCCGAGAGUUGAGGAUCAUGAGGUGCCCUUCCUUGAGACAACGCUGCCGAAAGGAGAAAGGGGAAGAUUGGAGAAAGAUAUCGCACAUCCCAAACAUCUUCUUCGAUGACAAGAAGAUCAAAUGAGGAGACAUUUCCACAAUAAGAGGCCAUGGAGGAAAGGUAUUUGAGGUUCGAGAUACCAGAGGACCUUGAUUAAUGUUUGAUACCCAAUGUUGGUGGGAACCAACACAACCUACUCCGUACUAUCACCACCUAGUUAGGGAGUUCAGGUUGAUCAGUCUGGAUGUUGCAAUAAUCUUGCGUUCAACACUGGCAGAUCAAGGAGUCUGUGGAUGUCAGAAAAAUUCUAUGUUCUUGAGCUCAAGAGAGAUUUUCGCCUUCCUCUGUUGCAGAGCAUCAAUGUCAAUUGCCACACAUAGAGCCAUCUCCAUGCUGGUUUGUUGGUUGGAUCUGGUGACGGACCAAGGAUGAUUUGGUAGGGGAAAGAGCUCAUUUUCCACAUGAAUCAUUAAAUUGGGGCUGAUCAACCCACAUUAACCCUCCCUCAACUUCUCCAAAGGGAUUUGAGGUCAGGAUACUAGAGAACUUGAAUGCUUGAUACCUAAUGCUUGAGCUGGUGUAGGAUGGAAACGAACACGGCCUGCCUCUGUCAUCACCAGUUCACCACCAAAGUCGAGGCACAUCUCUAAUAUGGGAUUUACCCUUUUUUGUGUGUGUGUGUGUGUGUUUUAGAACAUUCCCUUUUGACCAUUGUCAAUAUCUCUACGUUCCAUGGUGAACUCCUUAGAGCAUGGAAGAGCAUCCAAUCCAAUGAUGUGGGUUCUUGGCAGACUCUGCUAUUAAGAAGCUGGAAGUUUUGUUUUAUAAGGUGUUGAGAUAUUGGCCAAAUGCGAGAGAGACUUCCUACUGCCUUCAACGAUCUGGAGACCCUGAAACUGAUAUUUACAAAACCAAUCCCAGUGAGAUCUUAGUGGCAUGUCUUCUUCUAUUGCCAGACCUUUUUUGGAUUUCCUCAAUUUCAAGGCCCUCAAUUUCGGUCAUGAAGGCGAGAUUGAUAGAAACUGUGAAAUGUGAAAUGUCAAUUCAUCAAGCUGAUACUUGACAAUUCACCAGACCUUAAAGAUAUGACAAUGCAUCAAGUAAAGGGUAUAUUACUAUUUCAAGGAGCCUCAUCAGUAGCCAAAAUCGUUUAUAUGCCUCUGUCAAAAUUCAAGGAUUAGGUUUCUUCUACAAUCAUUGAGUGGGAUUUGGUUCUGAUCCUCUGUUUCGGCAUCUUCAUCAUCACAUGAAUGCACAUCAAUAUCGGCGAAACUGGCAAGUGGCUGAGGAAACCCAAUCAUCACUUCUGCACCUUCCCAUCUUCAUCCGAAGCAGAACACAGAUGUUGGAGGAGGCCGACGAGGUCCAAUCAUGGCUCUAUCAUCCUCUCAAAACUGGGCAUUAUUCAGGAAUCGACAUUUUAAUCAGUGGAGUCAGGUUUCUCACCACCAAAAGCAGCCUCAUCUUCUGUUAGCUCUGGCACGUCGCUCAUGCUUCCCAUCUAUGGUUCUGAUCAUGAAUGUAUCCAAAAACAAAACUCCUUAAGCUAGAAACUGGGUCUUGACUCUGACUGCAUAGAAGCACAUCAUAUACUUUUUGAAUUUGUUCAAUGAAAACAACCCUUGAACGAUUUGCCAGCAAACCUAUCAUGGAUCUAUCUCCUCAAAAACAUAAUCAAAUCCUUUCUUAAUGGCAACUACUGAAUUUCAUCAAACAAUGGUGAAUAAGUCAUUAUCAACCUACUAGAAGCCACAGAGCUUGAGAACAUAAUAUCUUCCAGAAUGAAGUCUAGUUUGAUAGCUAGAUCCCCUAACUAGGAGAUAUUCAAGUACAAGAAGUCAAGAAUAGCCACCUGAAAGGAGGAGACUGAGCAAUGCUACUGCAAUCCCACUCAAGAGAUGGAAAACA